AUGUCCUUCUGCUUGACUAACAUCUUUGUUCCACUCACUGCAUUUAUCUCGCUGGUUAUCUUAUUCGAUUCGGCUUAUUGGGUUGCUAAUAGAUCAAUCGAAUCCAAUUCGAUUAUUGAUGAGCUUCCAGAAAGAGGUAUGAAAAAAGGAUAUUCAGAGUAAAACAAAUAUUUUUUUUCAGAAAUGAUCCUGACAAGUAUCGCAAUUUUAUCGCUUAUUGGAAUUGUUUCGUGUCGAAAACCAUUAUUGGCAUUCACAUUUUCAUUAAUGAUUUAUUCAUCUUGCGUCACACUUUUCCAUUGUUUCCACGUUUUCCACAUUCUUAUCAAAAAUGGAAUUGAUGUUUGUCAAAUCAAUGAAUUUAAACAAUUUUCAUGCAGUGUAAACAAUUCGAUAAUUGCUGGAAUCACUGCUCUUUCCUACAUCUUCACUGUAAGAUACAGUAAUCUCUCCUGAUUAUUUUAUGUAUUUUUUAGACAAUUGCUGCGAUGUCAUGUUAUGAUCGAUUGACUACAGUAACCUUGUCAUUGAGUGAACGACGUGCACUUGCAACUCAACGUGCUCAACCACUUUUGAUCAGUGCUCAUCCAAUUAUUUCACCACCACAACAUUUCAACGCAACAACACAUAAUCACGAAAGAGAUAGUUUUGUAUGA